GGGAGGGGACUCUCCGUGGGAAGACCUGGCGAAGCCCAGGAUUCUUGCUGUGAUGGCCAAGUCCAGCCUGGGGCAGGAUCCCGACAGCAGCGCUGCGGUGGCGGUGCUAAAGCGGGCAGUGGAGCUGGAUGCGGAGUCCCGGUACCAGCAGGCUCUAGUGUGUUACCAGGAGGGGAUUGAUAUGCUCCUGCAGGUUCUAAAAGGCACCAAAGAUGCCAGUAAGAGAUGCGCUUUCAGACGGAAAAUCUCUGACUACAUGGAUAGAGCAGAAAACAUAAAGAAAUACUUAGAUCAAGAAAAAGAAGAUGGAAAAUAUCACAAGCAAAUUAAAAUAGAAGAGAAUGCCACCGGUUUCAGUUACGAGUCACUUUUCAAAGAAUACCUUCAUGAGACAGUUACAGAAGUCUGGAUAGAAGACCCUUAUAUUAGACAGACUCAUCAGCUGUAUAACUUCCUUCGGUUUUGUGAGAUGCUGAUUAAGAAGCCAUGCAAAGUAAGAACUAUUCACCUUCUCACCGCUACGGAUGAAGGGUUUGGGAAUGCGCAGCAAAGCAGUGGCCUGGAAGAAAUAAAGCAAUCCCUCAGGAGUCAUGGCGUGCUCUUGGAAGUAAACUAUUCUUCAUCUAUACAUGACCGAGAAAUCAGGUUAGUGUCUAUUUUAUUUUUUCAUAAUUGGGACACAUUUUAAGAAUUCCAGUG